AUGAAUCAAAGCACACGAGACACUGGAAAAACAGGUCCGACGGCAGCUGAAUAUCAAAGGCAGAGAUCGGACGAGUCAACAAAUAUUAUGAGUAAUAAUAAUAGUGAUGGAGGUGAUAGAGGUGAGUAUGAAGAUGAGUAUGGAGGUCAAAAUGGGAAUGGCGAUGAGGAUUGUAGCGGAGAUGAUAGCGUUGAGUAUGAAGAUGAACAUGAACAUGAAGGGAAUGAAGAUGAUAGAGGUAAGUAUGAAGAUGAACAUGAAGGCAAUGGAGACGAGGAUGGUAGUGGAGAUGAUAGUGGUGGUGAGUAUGGAGAUCUAAGUGGAGAUGGAGACGGAGAUGGUAGUGAGUAUAGUAGUAGUGAAGAAUCAGAUGAAAAUAACUCUACAGAAGAUGAAAUAACCAUAGAUGGUUUGACAGAUAUUUUGAAGAUUGAUAUGAAAAAUAUUAGCAUUGAUGAUGUUAGUAGGUACGAUUUUUGUGAUUUAGAAGUUGCUUAUCAAUUCAAUUGUUGGUAUUCUAGAAUGAAUGGUUUCUCUGUACGCAAAAGCAAGGUUGGUAGGAAUAGCAAGGGUGAAAAGUUGCAACAAACAUUUGUUUGUUCAAAUGAAGGAUACAGAGAAGAUAAGGGUUUAAAUACGAAAAGUCGAAAGCGUGAACCAAGGCGUGAAACUAAGUGUGGUUGUGAGGCUAAAUUUCGUGUUCACAUUAAUACUCUAUCAGGGAGAUGUGCAGCUGAUGAUUCUCAAAUUCAAAGUUUUAGAAAAGUUGGGAUUAAGACUUGUCAAGUGUUUGGUUCGUUUGCAAACAACUCUGGAGGGUAUCACAAGAUAGGUUUUAUAAAAAAGGACCUAUAUAAUCAAGUUGGUAAACAAAAACGCCAACAAUCAUCUGAUGCCUCUACCGCGUUAAAGUUUCUCAAAGAUGUGGGAUCUAAAGACCCGUUGAUGUUUGUUAAGCACACAAUUGACAAUGAAGGGAGGUUGCAACAUCUAUUUUGGUGUGAUGGGGAAAGUAGAUUGAAUUAUAGAGUGUUUGGUGAUGUCUUGGCUUUUGACGCCACAUAUCGGAAGAUCAAGUAUAUGUGUCCUUUUGUCGUAUUUUCUGGUGUUAAUCACCAUAAUCAAAUAGUUUUUGCAACUGCACUUGUGUCGAAGGAGAAUGAAGAAACAUAUGUGUGGCUUUUGGAACAAUUUAUGGAGGCAAUGGAAGGCAAGAUGCCAAUCUAUGUUAUAACUGAUGGUGAUUUAGCCAUGAAGAAUGCAAUACGGAGAGUAUUUCCUAGAGCCCACCACCGGUUAUGUGCAUGGCAUUUGCUAUGCAAUACAAUUAGCAAUGUAGGUAUUCCAGAUGUCAUGCCGUACCUAAAGAAGUGCAUGUUAGGUGACAUUGAAGUGAGUCGAUUCGAAGAAACAUGGGAUGAAAUGGUUAAUAAGUUUGGAUUGGAAGACAACACUUGGAUAAGAGAUUUGUAUGAAAAAAGAAACAUGUGUGCUACAGCUUUGAUAUGUGGAAAUUUUUUUGCAGGGAUAAGGACCACUUCAUGGUGUGAAGCGUUGCACAGUCAUAUUGGAAAGUUUGUUCAGUCGAGAUGUAAUUUAACUGAUUUUGUUGAACAAUUCCAUAGGUGCCUUACUUACUUUCGGUUUAGGGAAGUGGAAUCUGAUUUUGAAUCGAAUUAUGGUCAGUUUGUGUUGCAAACAAGUUUGAGGUCCAUUGAGAGGUUUGCAUCAAGGCAUUUCACAAAUAAGAUGUUUAUUUUAUUUCGACCCGUCUUAUCUAAGGCAUCCUUAAUAAGGGUGUUGGAGUGCCAUGAGAUGGCAAUGUACUCAAUUUAUUUGGUGACAAAGUGGAAGAGUUCUAGAAUAGUGUGGAAUGUUUCUUAUUGCCCAUCACCUGUAGAUAUUAGAUGUUCUUGCCAAAGGAUGGAGUCCAUAGGUUUGCCUUGUGAGCACAUUAUAGUUGUGUUGGUGAACUUAGACUUUGAUGAGUUGCCUGGAUAUUUGGUAUUGAAUAGAUGGUCUAAGACUGCGAAGGAAAACAUUAGCGGAAGUUGCACAAAUGCCUCAUUUUACUGGGAUUCUCAUUUGAUUGCUAGACUUGCAAAUUUACACUAUUUAUUUAAAGAAUUAGCAGUGGUUGCACACCGCAAUGAUGAAGACUACAAACAUAUUGUUAAUCUCAUGACAGUUGAAAUUAAUAAGUUGAGAGAGAAGCAUGGAAAUGCAGGCAGUGCAGAAAAUAUCGAGACUGAAAACAUUGACGAGACACUAAAGGAUCCCGAAAUUGUGAGAUCGAAGGAAUAUGGCCAGAGCACUAAAGGAUCCAGCUAUAAGUGCGGCGCUUGUGGUAUAGUUGGGCACAAUAUAAGAUCUUGCCAAAACAUUACUGCUAAUACAACAAUGAACGAACAGUCUGACAGUCAAAUGCAUCAGUUUGGAAGCUCCGCUGCUGAGUUUAUGCUUUCAAGCAGUCAUUCCUAG